UUUAAAUUUUUUAAAUAAGACGAACGAUCAAAUAUUUUUAAAAAAGUCAACGACGUCAAACAUUUUGGGAUGGAGGUAGUACUUAAUAUGUCACAUAAAAAACGAGUAUAGGAUAGGAGGUGACACACUAGUACUACGGUUUUUUUUAUGGGACGGAGUCAGGAGGAAUAUAUCGAGUGCUACGGUACAGGAGCAUACUUCCAUGCUCCCAAACGUAUCCUGUGCGUUGGGUUUUAAAUCAAGGGCUCAAAGUGAGUAGGUAGUCGAUACUCUCUCGUCAAUGGAGAUGGGCAGCCUCAGCCGCCGGACGCCGCCGCCCGAGAUAAACCGACCAAAAUAGGAGUAGAAGAAGAACAGCAAAAAAGGAAAAAAAAUGUUGCAGGUGGAGGAGGCGCUGGCGGCCGUGCUGUCCGCGGCGGCGGCGAGCGCGGCGGCGCGCGCCGCCGAGGCCGUGCCGCUGCACGACGCGCUCGGGCUCGUCCUCGCGGAGGACGUCCGCGCGCCCGACCCCCUCCCUCCCUUCCGCGCCUCCAUCAAGGAUGGGUACGCCGUCGUGGCCUCCGACGGGCCCGGGGAGUACCCGGUGAUUACGGAGUCGAGGGCCGGCGACGACGCCCUCGGCGUGGUCGUCACCCCCGGCACGGUGGCGUAUGUCACGACCGGAGGGCCGAUUCCGGAUGGUGCUGACGCCGUCGUGCAAGUGGAGGACACGGAGCAGCUCGCCGGCGCGCCGGAUGGGUCGAAGAGGGUUAGGAUAUUGGUGCGGCCAACUCAGGGGCAGGAUAUACGCAAUGUGGGAUGUGACAUACAAAAGGAUUCGGUAGUGCUGAAGUCUAGUGAGCACAUAGGUCCUGCAGAAAUUGGGUUACUUGCAACCGUGGGAGUGACUACUGUCAAGGUAUAUCGUCGACCAACCAUUGCUGUAUUUUCUACAGGGGAUGAAUUAGUGGAGCCAGCCACAGCAUCUCUCAGUCGUGGUCAGAUUCGUGAUUCCAACCGGGCUAUGUUAAUUGCUGCUGCUAUUCAGCACAAGUGCAAGGUAGUUGACUUGGGUAUUGCAAAAGACACUGAGGAAAGUCUUAAGGAGCAUAUGGAUGCAGCUCUAAGUUCUGAUGCUGAUAUCAUUCUUACUUCUGGUGGUGUUUCCAUGGGCGAUAGGGAUCUUGUCAAACCUUGUUUGGCAAGCAUGGGGAAAAUUCACUUUGAAAAGAUUCGGAUGAAACCAGGGAAACCAUUAACAUUUGCUGAGAUCGUAACAGAAGAUUCAUCAAAACCAUCUAAAAAGGUUCUUGCAUUUGGGUUGCCUGGAAACCCAGUGAGUUGUGUUGUUUGCUUCAAUCUCUUUGUUGUUCCUGCAAUACGUUCACUCUCUGGCUGGUCAAAUCCUCAUCUACCAAGAGUGCACGCACGUCUACUGCAUCCUUUAAGAGGAGACCCACAUCGUCAAGAGUUCCAUCGUGCAGUGAUCAGAUGGGUGCCUGAUGAUGGAUCUGGUAGACCUGGAUAUGUUGCUGAAAGCACGGGCCAACAAGCUAGUAGCCGCCUCCUAAGUAUGAAAUCUGCGAAUGCUUUACUGGAAGUACCAUUAGUGGGGCAGAUGUUGGAGGCUGGAACAUCUAUGCAAGCUAUACUUAUUUCUGAUAUGACCAGUUCACCUUUUGACAAGCUACCCACUGCUUCAAAUCCGUUGCCAUCUCAUUUAUUUCCUUCUGCAAAAAGUGUUUCCACAGAUUUGUCUCAGGUUCCAGCCUCACAGAAUACUGAAGUUAAAGUAGCAAUUCUGACAGUGAGCGACACUGUUUCAUUGGGUGCAGGCCCUGACAGGAGUGGGCCAAGGGCAAUAUCUGUAGUGAAUUCUUCAUCAGAGAAAUUGGGUGGAGCGACUGUUGUUGCUACUGCUGUUGUUCCAGACGAUGUGGAAAAAAUCAAGAACAUUUUGGUGAAGUGGAGUGACAUUGAUCGUGUCAGCCUCAUCUUGACACUAGGUGGUACUGGUUUCACACCUAGAGAUGUCACACCAGAGGCAACAAAAUCUGUCAUAGAGAAAGAAGCACCUGGCCUCACAUAUGUCAUGCUUCAGGAAAGUUUGAAGGUGACACCAUUCGCAAUGCUAUCUAGAGCCACUGCGGGGAUCAGAGGAUCAACACUUAUCAUCAACAUGCCCGGGAACCCGAACGCCGUUGCGGAGUGCAUGGAGGCGCUUCUUCCAGCACUGAAACACGCCCUGAAGCAGAUAAAGGGUGAUAAGAGGGAGAAGCACCCGCGCCAUGUCCCUCACGCUGAAGCUGCGCCUGUGGACCAGUGGGAUCGGAGUUUCCGAGCCGCGUCGUCCGGCAGGGGAUGCUCGUGCGAGCCAUGAUCGGGGCCGAUGAGAAUUUGGUCCUCGCGGGCUAUCGGCGUUCACUUCGUCAGCUUGUCAGUUCCUUCGUUAGCCCAGCCGCGUUCAGCUCGGAGCUAAGCAGUGACGAUUUUGGUUCUGCUCACUGUUUUGUUUUCACUUCACCCGAACCUUACGAACACCAGUGUGACAAAUAAAGUGGUUACAGUAUAUUUGAUCUUGUAACUUCGGCCCGUUUAGUUACCAAAAACUUUUUGCAAAA